AUGAGUAGCAUUGAAGGGAAGAACCAGUUUCGUAUUAUUGUAGGCUCGUAUGAACACAAUAUCUUAUGUUUAUCCCUAGAUAUUCCGGCGCAAAAGGAAAACGAUGUGGCCAAGACACCUCAUUUUAUGCCGAUAUUCCAUUUCCAAGCUCAUUCUUUAAGUAUCAAAUGUUUGGCUGUUUCCAGGAGAUAUCUGGUCUCUGGAUCGAAUGACGAACACAUCAGGAUUUACGAUCUACAGAAGAGAAAGGAAUUGGGUACGUUGUUGAGCCAUCAGGGUUCUAUUACUGCGUUGCAAUUUUCGCAUCCAGCUUCUUCUAGUGAAGAUCCUGCCAUUGCAAAGGGUAGCAAGAACAGCAAAUGGUUAUUAUCGGCAUCUGAGGACCACAAGAUCAUGGUUUGGAGAGUUAAGGAUUGGGAAACUGUGGGAUCGUUGAAGGGCCAUACGGCCAGGAUUAAUGAUGUGGACAUCCAUCYUACCAAUAGAAUCGCCAUUAGCGUUAGUGAUGACCAUUCUAUACGUCUCUGGAACCUCAUGACUCUAAGGAACGCUGCUGUACUAAAACUAAGAAAAUAUAACACAAAUGGGUCCUUCGUUAGAUGGUUAGGUGCUAAAGGUGAUUACUUCGCUGUAGGUUUAAGAGACAGAGUUCUUAUUUAUGAAACAGGAUCCGCCAAAGUGUACAAAGAAAUACUUUUCGAUAGAAAGACUAUCAUGCAUCUUGAGACACACAUUCUGCCAUUCGAUAAUAAGGAAUACCUUUCUGUUGGUGUUAGUGAUGGUAAUGUUCAUUUCUACCCUUGUGAACAAUUAUUCGAAAAGGAGGAAGAAACAGAAGACGGAGACGAAAGUGAAGAUGACAAGAAGAAGAUCGAACCUGCUUUUUCAUUAUUAGGCCACACAAACCGUGUCAAAGACUUUAAAUUCUAUACAAAUGAAUUCGGUACCUACUUAGUAACCAUCGGUUCUGACGGUAAGAUUGUUGUUUGGGAUAUGUCUACAAAAGAGCAAGUAGCAGUCUACGACUGCGGUGAAAGAUUGAACUGUCUAACACUAUGCGACGAAAGCAUUGAAAAGUACAGCAUGAUGAAGAAAAGAGAUGCUGAAACAGCCGAGCUAGGUGAGCAAAGUGAAGUAGAAAGUGAUACUGAAGAAUUGAAGAAAAUUAUGUUUGGUGAGAAGAAGAAGCUUAACAAGAAGAAAAGGAAGGAACCGAAGAAGAGCAAAGUCUCUGUAGAAUUAGAAUAA